AUGGGGGUGAUCCUCGAAGACCUGCUCACGAAGGUCAACGAGCAGAAGGUGCGGAGUAUCAACCAGGGUAUGAAGAAUGCCUUCGCCAGGCUCAAGGAGCUCCAAGAAGCAUUAAUGCGCAACCCGGAGGCAAGGCCCCCCCACACACGGAGUGAGGAAACUGCAGAACGCGGGUGCCAGACAGCUCAAGUCUGUAUUCCGCGCCACGACAAGUCAGCCCAAACCUCUCCGAGCAGGCGUGUCCGCCCGGAUAAACGGGAUCAGGGAAGCGACCCUAAACGCCACUUGGUGAGGAGCUCGCAACCACCGAAUCCUAGGAGAAUUGCGGAGGGCACCAAUGGAGGAGACGGAAAGGCGCCCAUCGAGCAAACACGACGGGCUCAUCCCGGAGCAGGCCGGCGCGAGAGGCCCAAAAGACGGGGUAAGGAUGCGCUGAUCAUAAGCCCUCCUCCAGACAUGUCUUAUAGCGAAGUGCUCGGUCUGGUUACGCGAGCUAAGGACGCCAGGAUGGAAGAAGUUGGCGAUAGCGUCUCCAGAGUCAGAAAGACAGCUAAAGGAGAGUUGCUACUGGAGAUUAAGCGCAACUCGCAGGCCCAAACCAGUGGCUUUAAGGAGCUGAUUGGCAAAGCACUGGGAGCCAGAGCCACGAUCCGCACAAUGACGCCACAGGCCGUCUUCCGGAUAUGGGACCUGGACGAGCUGACCACAAAGGAGGAGCUAGUGAAUGCGCUAGUCAAGCAGGCGGACCUCCCUACGAACUCGGUGACAAUAAAAGGGAUACGCGCCUUGGCCUCAGGAAGCCAGGCCGCAACCUUCACGGUUCCGGCGGGCGUGGCAGGCGCGCUCAUCAAACUCGGCAAAAUUAAGGUCGGAUGGACCAGGUGCCGGAUCAAGGAGCUGGAGCCCCAGCUCAAGUGCUACAGGUGUCUGGACACGGGGCACGUGGCCAGCAGAUGCCGGAGCUCCGUAGACAGAAGCAAGGCCUGCUUUAAAUGCGGGAAGGAAGGGCAUAAGGCAGCAGACUGCCCUAAUCCAGCAAACUGCUACAAGUGCGAGCAGCUCAAAAGGAAGGACACGAGUCACCAGGCCGGAAGCCCGCAAGACCUGCUGUCGCAGACGGUCCGGGAACACGGAACCGAUCUCGCAGUGCUAAGCGAGCCGUACAGAGGUGGUCGCAACCACAACUGGGCCGUGGAUAGUUCCGGCAAGGCGGCCUUGUGGGUUUGCGGAACCGCGUCACUGCGUCUGGAAAACGUUCACGCGGACAAUGGCUUCGUGCGUGCCAAAGCUGGAGGCUGGUGGGUCUACAGCACAUACCUAGCCCCUAGCCUCACGAUAGCAGAGUUUGCUGCCAUCCUGGACAGGCUUGCUGCUGAUGCAAGAGGCCGCUCUCCGACUCUGCUUGCUGGAGAUUUCAACGCCUGGGCGGUCGACUGGGGCAGCGUUACCACAAACGCCCGUGGCAGAACACUCCUAGAAGCGCUAUCAACGCUAGAUGUGGCCUUACUCAACGUAGGGCAGGAGCACACGUUUAGCAGGGCGGGAGCAGGAUCGGUGGUGGACCUCACCUUCGCCAGUCGCUCGAGAGCUGGGCAGUGCAGGUGGAUACUUAGCGGGGUGUACACGGCAAGUGACCACGCGGCUAUUUUUACCACGCUGGAUGUUCGCAGCACGCUCCCUCCACCUCCCCCCGCGCAGCAGCGCAAAAGCUUUAAGGCCGACUUGCUCGACACCCAAGCCUUUGCACUAAGGAUGCAGAGUGUGGAAGCGUCAGGCGACUCCGAUGUCAUGGCCAAUUCGGUGAUGGGCCAGGUGCUAUCGGCCUGUGAGGAGUGCAUUCCAUCCAGGUCCGCCCACUCUAGGCACCGCGCCUCCGUGUACUGGUGGAACCAGGAGAUAACAGAGGCACGAAUGGAAUGCGUGAGAGCCAGGCGACUUUACCAACGGUCGCGCGGAUCCCAGUCACACCUGGUAAAGCGCGAGGCAUACCAUCGGUGCAGAAGAGCUCUCAAGGCGGCAAUAAAGGGCAGCAAGAGAAAAUGCUUUCUGGAGCUGUGCGAGGCAGCGGACCGAGACCC